AUGAAGAACCUGGACCGGUAUGGACGAAGUCAGCUGGAGAGUCUGGUCUGUGCAGCCCUGUCCAGUCUGGUGCUGGUUCUACUGGGACUACUGGGCUCGGUCCACGGCUGUCCUGGUGUCUGCACCUGCUACGGUAACACCACUGACUGCUCCGCUGUCGGCCUUCUCUCUCUGAGGCCCAUCCUAGCGCUGUUGGACCAGGACUCUCUGAUCCUCCGCCUACCCCAGAACAACCUCUCCUCCCUGGGCACGACUGAGCUGUCCAACCUCAGCAGCCUGGAGCUCCUGGAUCUUUCCCGAAACCACUUUUCCACCCUGCAGCCUGGAGCUUUCUCAGGCCUGAGCAGCCUGCGCUGGCUUAACCUCUCUGCUAACUACCUCGGGGCGCGCCUGGCAACCUCUGACCCCAACAACACCACAGAGGUCCUCCAGGGCAUGAAUGGAAGUCAAGGGAGCAUUGGGCUGAGCAAGGAGGUUUUUAAGGGUCUGUGGUGCCUGCGUAAGCUCGACCUGUCCUCCAAUGGCCUCCUGUGGCUGCCCAAGGGCCUGCUGGAUGCGCUUCCGAGACUCGCCUGGCUUUCCUUGGCCAGCAACCGGCUGGUGGCCCUUGACAGAGUCACCUUCGAGCCCCUAUUGGGGCUAAAGCAACUCCAGCUGGCGGGAAAUCCCUGGGAGUGUGACUGCAAGCUGAGGGACUUCAAGCACUGGAUGGAAUGGUUGAUUUACAGGGAUGGGCAGGUAGAUGCGAUGCAGUGCAGUCUCCCGGGGGAUUUGAAGGGCAGGGACAUCCGCAGCGUGCCGGCAGAGAUGUUCAGCUACUGCCUGCAGAGUCCGACCAAGGAGGGCGCGUCAGGUUACGCAACCCGGCCUCCCUGCCCGCCCUCCCGGGUCAGCAGCAACGAUGAAUGUGUUCGCCAGCGCUACCGACCCGUCAGUGUCCGCCGCGCUCACGGCACGCAAAUAGUUGCGGGCGUGAUUUGCGGCACCGUGUGCGUCAUGAUGGUGGUCGCAGCAACUUACGGCUGUGUCUACGCCUCGCUGAUGGCGCGGUACCAGAAGGAGAUGAAGAACCGUGGCCAGCCUCUGAUGGCCGAGUCCGGAGGCGAGACGGACCUGGAGGACGGGCAAAUGUCAUCACCGACCUCGCCAAAGGAGUCGCCGCCCAAAGAGACCUGCGGCAUCGUGCACGGGUAUCGAAUCAGCAGUUUCUGA